AUGAAUGAAACCGAAGACAAAUUACCAAUUGAUGUAAAUUUAUCAUUGGACGCAAUAAAAGUACCUAGGAUGCCAAAUGACAUAUUAUUUCCUAGUGAAUUAAAUAAACAACUUCGUGAAAAUGUUCAGGUGGGAUGUAUGGCUUUAUCUUUACAUUCAAGCUAUAGUUAUCAAACGAUGAAACCCGAAAAAUUACAAUCAAAAUUAGAAUCUUUGGAAGGGAAAUUAAAGCAGUAUGAACAUUUUAAUAGUCUGUCAUCAACUCAAUCUAGUCAUACAGAUUUAGCAACAACUAAAAUUGUUGAAUUGAGUAAAAGGAUACGUGAAUUAAACGCUGAAUUAGGAUCGUAUCGAACAAAAUGUGGACAACUAGAAAAUAAAAUUAAGCAAUUAACUGUUGAACAAACACAAGUAGAAAAACCAGAAUUCGAAGAGAAAAAAGAAGAAAAUCCCGAUCAAAUAAAAAUAUUAUCAGACAAAUUGGCAGCAACAUCGAAAAAAUUAUUUGAAGUUAAAAAUUUAAAUAUACAAUUAACAAACGAAUUAAAACAGGCAAAUAGAUUGUUAUCACAAGAGAUUGGUGAAAGUUUUACAUCGAUUACAAAUUUAUCACAUACAAAUUCAAAUUGGCGUGGCCGGGCCCAACAAAUUAUUAGUUUACAGCAAAAACUUAGUGAAUUACAAGAAAAAUUAAGUAUAACUCCAAUUGAAAAAGAAAUAUCAACAAAUACAAUUGCUUUGAGACAAAUAGAAUCAAAUAAACGUCAGAUUCAAGAACAGUUAACACGUGAAUUAAGUACGACGAAAACAACAUUAGAAGAAACUAAAAAGAAGUUAGACGGUUCACGGGCACGAUCUAAAGUUCUCGAGAAUGAUUUGAAUACGUUAAAAACAAAAUUAAAUACUUUGAUGGAAAAAAGUGAACAUGAUAAUCAGCUAAUUCAAGUUUUAACGGGUGAAAUAAAAGUUGUUGAAAGUAAUUAUAAAGAUAAAUCUCAAGCACUAAAAGAGCAAUAUGAUAAAUUACAAGUACAGCAUAAUACAUUAAUGUCAGACAUGCAACGUGAACGCGAUAGACAAGAUAAUUUACAAAAAUUAUUACUUGAAAGAGAGGCGAAAAUUGAUGAGUUAAAAUCACAAAUACGUGAAUACCAGAAUCAGAAAACUUCCUCAAUGAUGACAGUACCAAAUGAAGCUGAUGUUAAACAUCAAUCAACAUUGCCAAUGAUAUCACAGGAAGAAAAAGCAGUUUUUAAAGCUGCCGAAGUAGAGCGUAAACGGUUAUUGGAAAUGGUAUCGGCAUUAAAUAUGCAGGUUGAUAAUCUGCGUGGUAAACUAGAUGAUUUGCAACUGAAUUUGAAACGUGAAAAACAAAAAUCAAAUAAGUUGAAUAUGAAAAUUAAUCGAUUAGAAUCAGACAAAACUAUGAAUCGUACAAUAUCAACAUACUCAAAUCGUAAUAGUUUGAUGAAAUUAAACAGUACAACCAGUUUAGUUCCCCUGCAAGAACCAUCUGAAGAAUUGAAAAAUAAAUUAGAAAUAUGUGAAGAACAAAUAUUAUUAUUACAAACACGAAUACAAACAUUAGAGGAAGAGAAAAAGUUGGAUUUUGAAAAUUUUACUAUGAUGUUAGAAAAUACACGAAAUGUAUUCCAUGAAGAGCUUACUCAACAGACUGUUAAAUUGGAAGAUGAUUGUGAAUAA